UUCCCCUCGCAGAGAUGCCAGUGCGCGCUGUGACCACCAGGUUCAUGUACAAGGGGCUUUGCACUAUCCCAGAUGUCCUCUCCUACCGGACCCCUGUUCACCUGCCUGAGGAUGAGGUGGAAGAGAUUCGUGAGGCUUUCAAAGUAUUUGACCGAGAUGGAAAUGGCUUUAUCUCAAAGCAGGAGCUGGGGAUGGCCAUGCGUUCGCUGGGUUACAUGCCCAAUGAGGUGGAGCUGGAGGUUAUCAUCCAAAGACUGGACAUGGACGGUGAUGGUCAGGUCGGCUUUGAAGAGUUUGUCACGUUGCUUGGUCCUAAACUCUCCGCUGCUGGAAUGCCCGACAAGUUCCAUGGAGCGGACUUUGACUCAGUGUUUUGGAAGUGUGACAUGCAGAAACUGACCGUGGACGAGCUGAAGAGACUGCUGUACGACACGUUCCGUGACCACCUGACGAUGAAGGACAUUGAGAACAUCAUCAUGACAGAGGAGAACCACCUGAACAGUCCAGAGUGUCACGUGGACAUCGACACGAGUCCAACACAGCAGGAGAAACACACAUGUGUGCGGAAAAGUCUGAUUUGUGCCUUUGCAAUUGCAUUUAUUAUCAGCGUUAUGCUCAUUGCAGCAAAUCAAAUGCUCCGCAGAGGAAUGAAAUGAAAGGAACAGACUCCUGCUGGACAGACUCUUCUAAAGGAAACCAAAACUCUGGGGGUUUCGCUCACUUUCUUCGUACCUUAUCGAUAAGGUUGGGUCACCGUUUCUUUACUUCAAUGAAAUGAUGUCAUGUAUUUGUCCUGUUUGACCAGUAAAUACCUACUGAUGUUUUUAAAAAAAGAAAGAAUGAAAGACUUAUUUCAAGGGCUGAUUAUCGUCCUUAAACAAUGUCCAUUGGUUCAGUUCAGGGAUGUUUUG